AUGGCCCUGCAAAGGACAUUGAAAGAGUUGGCAACGCCAGAUCUUGACCAACAACCGCUUUGCAUCCAGUAUCCACCUUUGGAUGUUAACUUUGAGUUGAAGUCGGGCCUCAUCCACUUAUUGCCUUCUUUCCAUGGGCUGCCUGGUGAGGACCCGAAUAAACAGAAGGAGUUUCAUAUUGUCUAUUCUAGUAUGAAAUCUACUGCAGAUGCAGGUAAAGAAUGGUUGUACUAUCUUCCACCUGGUACUGUUGAAACAUGGAAUGGUAUGAAGACUAUGUUCUUGGAAAGAUAUUUUCCAGCAUCUAAAGUUGGAAGCAUCAGGAAUGAGAUCUGUGGUAUAAGGCAAUAUACAGGAGAAUCUUUGUAUGAAUAUUGGGAGAGAUUUAAGUGGUUGUGUGCUAGUUCCACUCAUCAUCAGAAAAGUGAUCAACUCCUCAUUCAGUACUUUUAUGAAGGAUUACAAUCACUGGAUAGGAGUAUGAUUGAUGCAGCAAGUGGGGGUGCACUAGUUGAUAAGACUCUUGCUACAGCCCGAAGCUUGAUUUCUAAUAAGGCAGCUAACUCACAACAGUUUGGCAUUCGCCAAGAUCCUACUCCACCACCCAAAUCAGCUAAUGAAGUGAGCACCUCUAAAUCUAAUCAGCUUGGUCAAAAAUUGGUCCAAUUAACUGCAGUGUCUACACCUGCGAGACCACCUGGUUUCACUUUGCAACAGCAGUCUCAACAUAAUUUUGUACCUAGACCAUCACAAGCACCGCAAGUUACUCCACCACCAAGUGCCAAACCCUCUACUGAGGAUUUAAUCAAUGCAAUUGCUACAAAUACUCUUCAGUUUCAACAAACCACCCAAGCAUCCAUCAAAAGUUUGGAGAAUCAGGUGGGACAAUUAGCAGCAUCAUAUAAUAGGUUGGAAGCUCAUCUGUCUAAUAAAUUUCCUUCACAAUCUGAGAUGAAUCCCAAGAAGAAUGCUAGUGCAGUAUCUUUACGAAGAGAGAAGCAAUAUGAUCAACCUAGUCCUUCAAUGCCUAUUAAAUUGUCUUCCAAGCCACAAGUUGAUUGCUUGGUUGAUGAAGAUGUGCCUCCAAAGACAACCACCCUACACAACCAACCCCUAAGCCUACUUUUGUCACCUCACCUCACCUCUUUUCCAAGCAGACUAAAGAAGACUAAAAAGGAAGAGGUUGACAAGGAAAUUCUUGAUACAUUCCGCAAGGUAGAAGUGAAUAUUCCUCUUCUAGACGCUAUUAAACAAGUGUCGCGCUAUGCCAAGUUUUUGAAAUAA